AUGUUUGAGAAAUUCAAAGAGUGCUCUACGGUGCUGCCGAUGUCUACGAUGAUCAACCCUUCUGGUAUCUUCCUUCUGCUCUGCCACUCUUUUACUCUGCUCCUAGUUGCUGCCCAGAAAGGUUUUCUCAGCAUCGAUUGCGGUGUCCCGGACGGUUCAACCUAUACCAGUGACAUCGGUCUCUAUUACGUCUCAGACGAUGAAUUCAUAGACAGCGGAGUGAACAAGCAAAUUGACGCUGCACUAAAAAAUAUUCCGAAAAUCUACCAGACGCUCAGAUAUUUUCCUGAUUACAAGAGGAAUUGCUACACGCUGCCAGUGGACCAAGCAACCAGCUAUUUGGUCCGGGCGUACUUCAUGCACGGCAAUUACGAUGGAAUGGCAAGUAACGCUGCGCUUAGCUUCGACCUCUACCUUGGGGUUGACUUCUGGGAGACCAUCAAGUUGGACAAUGCGACUCAUAUGUACUGGACGGAGUUUGGGAGCCGGGCGAACACGACGACCAUGAGCGUAUCUUCGACCUAUCGCAGGGCAUAA